AUGCCCGAUUUCUCGGUGUUACCAGCACCGUUGACCUUGCACAUCCUUCUGGAGCUGCCAGAUUUGAAGGCUCUGUAUGCUGCGAUUCUAGCUUCGCCGCACAUCUACGCCGUCUUCCGUCUAAACAGCAGACGCAUCUUCAAAAGAGUUGUCGCACGCACUCUGCCAGCGCGACUUGUCUCCCCGGUUCUAAUAUACAUGUUAUUGCGAGAGCGUCUAGUCAUGGAAACCGAGACUAUGACCAUGGAACAGAUGCAAGCGACGAUCGAUGAUGUGGUCAGCACCGCAGCAACCAAUCCAUGGCCUCAAAUAUCCCAUGGGACGAUCUUCCAUACAGUCGCUGAAGCAGUCCGCAUUCAUGAUAUCGCUUUCUUCAUCCUUCGCUCUAAGCUUGACUACUUUGGCACGCUCGUAUUCGAAAAGCUGGCGAAUCCAAAUUUCAGAUAUAGAGGACCCUACACUCCCCGUUACAAUCCAGAGGUUGUCCUCCUGAACAUACGACACCCUUUGAGUGACCCUAGCUGGGCUGAAGAGACUCGCGCUAUCCGUGUCCUGUGGCUUUUAGCUGCUGGAUGGCGAGCUUCUCAAGUUAUGAUGACUCCGCCCAAUGGCACCGUGGAAAAUUUAACACAACCUCAGCGAGCACUAGUCAGCCUUGAGGACCGAUCGAUGAUGGCGCUCUCUGUCGAAUUAGCAAGAAGCUUUCUUCUAGGUCCUGUGCUGCUCCCGCCUACCAAGUGCAACAGGACAGUUAGCCGCAAUUUCGACGUCCUACAGAACUAUCCUGUCCGAUGUGCUACGCCCAUCCUCCUGGAUACCUCGGUUGACGGAUUACCGACCGUAGCACAGUUUGCGUCAAUUCCAGCACUUCCUGUUGACACGUCAUAUGACCAGAGCAAUAGCUGGGGAGACACAAUAUUCGACCUCCUGGGAAUAAAUCGCGAGUUGUUAUACACCAGAAUCCAUAGGCGCCGUCUCGACGGCCCUCUGCAAGACUCGAGAAGCGAGUCUUUUGACUGUCUCGGAUUUGGGCUUUGGGAUACUCGGCGUACGUGUUUUGAGCUAAGGAUUCGCUCCCACACACCGCCACAAUCUGCGGGCAGCUCCUUGAACAAGACCCGUCUGAGUAGGAGUGAACAAGUGUUCCGGCUGUAUAAGCUUUAUGAGCAACAGGAGCAGCGGGAGCAGCAGGGCUGGCAUCGAUAG